AUGUUCGGAUUCGGCGAGGCCAAGGAACACCGCGAUGCCGUCUACGGCGAGCACGAGGCUAAGCUCUCCCACGAGGUUGUCGCCGGCGGCGCUGCCUUUGAGGCUAUGAAGCUCUUCGAGGACCGCCAGCGCAAGAACGGCGAGCCCGUCAAGCACCAGUUCGCCAAGGAGAUGCUCGCCGGCAUCGCCGGCGCCGAGGUCGACAAGCUCUUCGAGACCAAGGGCCUCGACUACCUCGACCGCGAGAAGGCCAAGAGGCACGCCGAGAAGCAGGCCGAGCACCUGUACCAGGAGCAGUACGGCGACAUGGACGAGUACAACCCUGAGCGCCGUGGACGCCACCAGCACAUGGAGUACUAA